GAGCAAAUACGGCAAAGUUGGAGGGCAAUUACGGCGCAGUUCAAUUGUUAGGAAUAAAAUUAAAAACUAAAAGGAGUCAAGGGAGAUCGCCAUUUUGGCAUCGAGAAAUUUUGAUUUUUGAUUUUUGGAUUUUGGAUUUUGGGAUUUUUAAUUUUGGUUUUUUGGGACUUCUUCUUCGUUUGCCAGCGCACUCUUGGAUCGCCAUUAACGAGAUUUCGUUUUUCUGGGGGGUGGGGAGGUUUGUGCCGGCUAGGGGGGCGGGGCGGGGGAGGAGCGUUGUCUGUAAUGGCGGAGGAAGAGAGAGUCAAGCUGUUCGUAGGUCAAGUGCCGAAGCACAUGACGGAAUCUCAGAUUCUAGCAAUGUUCGAAGAGGUCGCGCUGGUGGAAGAAGUCAACAUAAUCAAGGAUAAGGUCACGCGUGCUUCUCGAGGGUGUUGUUUUGUGAUAUGCCCGUCGAGAGAGGAAGCGGACAAGGCAAUUAAUGCGUGUCAUAACAAGCAGACGCUGCCUGGGGCAUCUAGUCCGUUGCAAGUGAAGUAUGCUGAUGGCGAGUUGGAAAGACUAGAGCACAAACUCUUUGUUGGUAUGCUUCCCAAAAAUGUUUCUGAUGACGAGGUCUCUACUAUAUUUUCGGAGUAUGGAACCAUAACAGAUUUGCAAAUUCUUAGAGGUUCCCCCCAAACAAGCAAAGGUUGUGCUUUUUUGAAAUUUGAGACGAAAGAACAAGCAUUGGCAGCUAUAGAAGCCCUCAAUGGAAAGCAUAAGAUGGAGGGUUCGACUAUACCUUUGGUGGUCAAGUGGGCAGACACAGAGAAGGAAAGACAGGCUCGGAGGGCACAAAAGGCAUUGUCAUUGGCCUCUAACAUGCCAAAUAUCGAUUCCAGGCAGCAGGCGUCAUUAUUUGGUGCCCUGCCAAUGGGUUAUAUGCCUCCAUACAAUCGAUACGGUUAUCAGACUCCGGGGCCUUAUGGACUCAUGCAUUAUCGCCUAACACCGUUGCAGAAUCAGCACUCGUUUCACAAUCUGAUUCCGCCUUUAAACCACCAAGGAAACGCCAUGCGCGGAGUUACACCUGAUCUUUCAUCUGCAGUGAACCCCAGACAUUACGCCGUGUCCCCUUCCAGCUACGUAGGAUCUGCUUAUCCGAGCGUACCCGGGGUUCAGUACCCUGUUCAGUAUCCCGGAGGAAUCAUCAGCAACAGGCCCCAGGCGGGCUCCCCCGGUUCUUUAUCACCUUCAACUGCAAAUGCUCAAUCUGCAGCAUCUUCAAGUGUCAGUACUCCAAGCCAUGGCGGCCAGAUCGAAGCAGGUCCACCUGGAUCUAAUCUGUUUAUCUACCACAUUCCUCAAGAAUUUGGCGACGAAGAGCUUGGAAAUGCUUUUCAGCGCUUCGGUAGAGUUUUGAGCGCCAAGGUUUACGUCGACAAAGCCACUGGCGUCAGCAAAUGCUUUGGAUUUGUAAGUUACGACUCCCCGGUUGCGGCGCAGAACGCAAUCAGCAUGAUGAAUGGGUUCCAAUUAGGCAGUAAAAAGCUAAAGGUGCAGCUUAAAAGAGAUAACAAGUAAACCAAACCUUAUUGAGAUUGUGAAAGUGGUAUCUCUAUCUCAAAAUGUAGAAAAAAAGUGUCUGCAGCAGCAAUGGCAGUUGUGUUCUGUUCUGUGAAAUGCCUCUCUCUCUCUCCUCUACCAUCAUCAUCAUCAUCAUCGUCACUCACUCACUGUUGUUUCUGUUCAAUUCAAGAAUUCAAGAAGUCACAGAAACUUGUAAUUCUUUGUUGUUGUUGUUUUUUUGGUGAAACUUGUACUGUACUGUACUUGUUGUACCCUGUAACAUGGAGGAUGAUACCAAUCAAUUGGACAUUGUUAAUUUAAUCUUAGGCUUGUUUCUGUUUUA